AUCGUUAGUAUUCUAGAUCACGGCAGCAUGCUCGAGUAGCUCAGUCUUAUUAUUUGGCCUUGGAGAUCGUUGACAGGCCUGCUUCACGAGCCACUCGUUGCUGCUAUCUUCACGCACGCACAUGAGUAACUUUUAAUAGCCGUCAUGGCAGCCCUCAGCACGGCGCUGCGGCAGGAGACCGCUUUCAUUGGUGCCCAGCCGCAGCGCAGCUUGUCGCCAGCAUGGGCAAGCCAAAGCUCUGGUGCAGCAGGUGGCUUGUACACAUUCACGCUGCAAAGCGUUGGCGGCGUGGUCUUCCUCCAGGACGCCGUGCCCCGGUCGGGACCCUCUGAGCGCGGGAUUCAUUGGCAAAUCGAAAACAGCGCCACCGGAGCGCUGCACCUUACGGAAUUCACCAUUCAUGGUGGAGCGUCGGGUCCGCGCACGACCGUGGAGGUUGGCUUCCAGCUCUUCCCCGCGCUUGCCGCCACCAGCACCCCCGACGGCCGGCUGGUGCUGGCCGCGCUGCUCAGCAACGGCUACCUGCUACACGCCGAGCUGCGCGAGCCCGCCCCCGGCGGCGGCGCAGCUUCCUCCAGCUCCGAGGCGCUGCUCGCCGGCCUGUCCGCAACCAGCUUCCGGCCGCUGGACAUCUCAGCGCAGCUGGCGACGUUGGGCGGCCCGACCUCGCUCGCCGCCACCGCCGACGCGGUCGUCGUGGGCGGCACCAACGGCUCCGUGCUGUGCGUGCCGCUGGCGACCCUCGAGGACGGGAACAUGACCCGCUGCUUCGAGCUGCGUGACAGCAGCUGGGCGCUGACCAAGCUCAUCCCGGGCAUGCUCUACCGCCCGCGCCAGCCCGCGGCGCUCGCGUGCGUGCCCGUGGCGCUGGGCGGCGGCAGCAGCAGCGCCGGCUCCGCCGCACAUCACCAGCAACAGCCACCGCAACAGCAGCUGCUUCUAGUCGCCUAUGAUGACGGUGUGCUGCGGGCAUUCAACGUGGGCAGGCGCCAGCAGGUGGCGGCGCUGGAGCUGGAGACGCCCGGCGCCGGCCACGCCACAGCCGGCGGCGCGGCGCGCCCCAUGGUCCCGACCUACGUUGCAGCGGACGGUGCAGCGGCGCCGGCCGCCAAUGGCCACGGCGGCAGCAGCGGUUUCGGCGGCGCUGGCAGCAGCGCGGGCGCGGUGACGCUGGUCGUGCAGUUUGAGUCGGCUGACACGAUGAAGCGGCACACGUACGCGUACACACUGGCUGCGGGCGGCGUGGGUGGCGGCGGGCGGCUGGCGCUGUCGGGGACCGUGGAGCUGGCGGUGGAGGAGGGCGGCGUCGUGGCGGAGGCGCGCGUGUCGGGCGAGACCGUGUGGCUGCUGCUGCGGAAUGGCGGGCGCUCCAAGGUGCUGGGCUACAGCCGCGCUACGGGCGCCGUGGUGUCGGCCGCCGUGCUGGCUGAGUCGGCGGGCGAGCACGUGGGUGGCGGCACGGGCGGCGGCGCGGGAGGUGGCGGCAACGGCGCGGAGGUGGACACGGAGCUGUGGGAGUGGCUGCUGUCGGCGUUUCCGGCCGAGCUGACGGCGGAGGGGCAGGUCUGCCACAGCGUGCUGGUGCCCGGUCAAAUAUGCAGGUCCUCGCUGCGUGACGCUCUGUCGUACCACGGCGCGCAGCUGAGCGCAGUGGAGGUGGAGUCGGCGCCGUACGGCGUGCUGCGCGGCUGGAUGCAGGCGGCGGUGCUGGCCAUCCAGCGCAGGACGCCGACCGCCUCCGGCCCCGAGUGCUGGCAGUCCUUCCUGUCCACCUACCGCGCCGCCUGGGCGCGGCGCCACCCGCCGCUGGGCAUGGUGCUGCACCGCUCCUCGCCCGACUGGCUUGGGCUGGCGCGCGGCGGCUCCGUGCUGGCCGUGCUGCGGCGCGGCAGCGGCGUGGAGGCGCUGGUGGCGGCGGCGGGCAGCGGCGACGCGGCGGCGGGCCCCGGCGGCGAGGCGCUGCAGCUGCCGCCGCACCUGGACGCGGUGCACCGCUGCGCGGCGGAGGCGGGCGCGCUGCUGGGGCCGCUGGCGCAGGAGGCGUGCCUGUCGCUGCUGGUGUCGGGCGUGGACCCAUUGGAGCAGCUGGUGCCGCGGCUGUGCGAGCUGUGGAUGGGCGGACCCGCCACACUGGCGGCAGGCGCCGGCGCCGGAGCGGGCAGCAGCAGCAGCAGCAGCGGCGGCGCCGGCAGCAUGGGCGGUGCGCCGCCGAGCGCGUGCGGCCGCGCGGCCGCGCUGACGGACAGCGCCCGCGAGGCGCAGCAGCGCUGGCGGCAGCGGCGGCAGCAGGCCAUCCUGCGCAUGGGGCAGCGGCUGGGCGCGCUGAGCAACCCGGUGGCGGCGGUCCAGUCCUACCUGGCGCUGCUGCGGCUGCUCAACAGCCAGGCCGCCGCCGAGCUCUCCUCCGCCGCCUCCUCCCUCACCACCUCCUCCGCGGCCGCGCCCAGCCGCGCCGCCUCCUCCUUCCUGGUGGCCACCUGCCGGCAGCUCUCCCGCGCGGUGGCCGCCGCCGCGCGCGACACGGCGCUGCUGCUGGGGCUGAUCCGGGCUCAGGGCGCGCUGGGCGCCGCCGCGCCGCUGGACCGCGCCUCCCUGGGCAAGCUGGAGGGGCCGCUGCUGGCGGAGGCGUGCGGGCUGCUGCGGCGGGCGGCGCUGGGGCUGUGGCUCACCGGCACGCCGUCCACGCAAGAUGAGGGCACGGACAUGGAGCCCGCUCUGUCGGCGCUUCGGCACCUGCGUCUGGGCGGCAGCCCCACCGCCGCCGCCAAGCGCACCCACGCCGACGGCCCCGGCGCGCCGCCGCCGCCCUCCGCCAGCUCCACCUCGAGCGAGGUUUCCCUGGCGGCACGGCUGCUGCCCGCCUUCUGCGCCGCCUACGCUGGCGGCGGAGCCGCCGCCGCCACUGCUGCUGACGGCGGCAGUGCUCGCAAGCAGCGGCGGCUGGAUCUGCUGACGGGUGCUGAGUCAUCGGGGCUGCUGUUCACACUGUACCUGCAGUACGGCGACGCGCCGGGCGCCUCCAUGGCGGGACGCGUGCUGCAGCUGGGGUACCAGCUCUUCCAGGCGGGCGAGUACGGCAACCUGGCAGAGCUGGCGGCGCUGGCGGGCGCCACUGGCGCGGCGGAGGCGGGGCCGCAGUUCCUGCGCGGCCUGGGCAUUACCUGCGCGCUGGCGCUGGAGCGGCAGCAGGCCGCAACGCAGCACGUCAUGCUGGGCUCUGCCGCCGCCGCCGCCACUGCUGCAGCCGCCGGCGCGGGGGCGCACGGCCACCACCAUCACGGGCAUGGGCACGGCGGCCACGGCGGCUCUGGGCCCAGCAGUGCGGUGCGGCGGGCGGAGCUGAUCGCCGAGGCUGCUGGCUGUUUCUUCCGUGCCGCCGCCAGCCUGGCCUCAGAGGCGGGCGACACGCUGCGCACCAUUCUCAAGAACCUGCGCAGCGAGCUCGCAGGCGGCGGCGGUGGCAACGGUGGAGGCGGUGGGGCGGGAGGCGAGGUGGUUGCCGCGGCAAGUACCGCCGGGGGCGCUGGCGGCGCCCCGGCGGCGGCGGCUCAGGGCCGGCGGGAGGUGGCGCUGCUGCAGCUGCACUUCUGUGAGGCGGUCAUGCAGCUGUUCGAGCGGGAGGGCGCCCCGGAGGGAGCCGUGGUGUUCGCGGCGGCGGCGCUGGAGCACCUGCGCAACGCGUACGGCCCUGCCUCCGGGCCGACCUCGGACUCGGCGGCGGCGGGCGCCGCAACCGGCGCCGCCGGCGGCUCACUGCCCGCUGCCGACCUGGUGGUGCUGCCGGGCGAGGAGCCGCUGCUGCAGGCGGCGGCGGCGGCGGCGGCGGCGGAGCGGGCCAGCCGCGAGGGGCGGCUGUGGAGCAACAUCUACUCCUACUGCGUGGAGAUGAGGCAGUACGACAGGGCCUACGCGGCGCUGCUGGCCAACCCGCUGCCUGCGGCGCGGCUGCAGAGCCUGAGGCACCUGGUGCACGUGCUAGCGCAGGACCGGCAGCUGCAGGUGCUCUGCACGCUGCCAUUCGCUGGCGUUGCGGUGCUGCCGAUCGUGCCCGCCGACUCCACCUCCUCCGCCCCCGCCGGCGCCACCCGUGCCGUGUCACUGCUGUCCGAGGCGCUGGACCUGUUGCAUCGCCGCGCACACAACUGCGACCUGGCAGAGUCGCCACAGCCCUACCAGGUGCUGUACGACUUCCUGGUGUGCCGCGGCGACUACAAGGGCGCGGCGCGGGCCAUGGCCGCCUACGCCUGGCGCCUGCGGGCCGAGGCGCCGGCCAGCAGCGCCGAGGCGGUGGCGGAGGCACUGCGCGCCUACGACAUGGCGAUCAACUGCCUGUCGCUUCUGGAUCCCGAGGACGCCUGGCUGGAUCUCACCGACGCCUGGAUCGAGCAGCUGGCGCCCGCCUGCUACAGCCACGUCAGCAGCAGCAGCAGCACCCACGCCACGCUCGCGCCGCCGGCGCCGCGCUCGGGCGGCGCAAUUGCGGGCGGCUCGGGCCCCAUGGACCUGGCUGCCGAUGGCCGCAGCACGCGCGCGUCGCAAGGUGCUACAGCCGCGGCGGCGGCGGCGGCGGCAGCGCCUGCGCCGGUUGCCACGGUGGCCGGUCUGCAGCGGGAGCGGACCAUGCUGCACUACUGCGCCCUGGUAGCGGCGCGCGUCGCAGGCCUGGAGCCCAUGCGGCAGUGGGACAAUGAGGACGCCAUCCUGCGCCAGCUGCUGCUGCUGGGCCGCUACGAGGGCGCCCUGGCGCUGGUGGCGGACUGCUGCGGCGCCCGCGGCGGCGAGGCCUGGUGCCGCGCCAUGGAGGUGGUGGUGGGCGCGCUGGCGGCGCACUGCAUGCGGCUGCAGCUGCAGGAUGGAGGUGUGCCCACCGGCGGGCCGGCGCUGCCCACCACCGACCUCUUCACAGACGACCCGGACGGCGGCGCCGCAGCCGCCGGCCUGGGCGCCGCCGGCGCCGCCGCCGUGGCGGGCACCCUGGGCGGCCGCGCCGCGCCGCUGUGGGCCAAGCUGCGCUCGCUGCUGGCGGCGGCGGCGGCCGCCGACGUGGCGGCGGAGGCGGCCGGCGGCGCGGGUGGCGGCGGCGGGCUGCGCGCGGCGUGGAUGCUGCGUGACGCGGCGGCGGAGGCGGUGCUGCGCGUGGACCCGCGUGUGGACCUGCCGCAGUGGCUGCUGGACAUGUUCCUGGCGGAGGAGCUUGGGCCAGAGGCGGUCACGUCCGGCGACGGCGCCGCUGCUGCCGCCGCCAUGGGCGCCGCCGCCUGCGGCCCCGCCAGCCUGCUGUCGCUGUACCUGCGCCAUGACCGACUGGCGGCGGCGGUGGACCUGGUGGCGGCGGCGGUGGAGGCGUGGGGCCGUGUGGAUGUGCGUCUGCGGCGCCGCCACAGCGCCGCUUGGAUGCCCUACCCGCAGCUGGAGCUGCUGCACACCAAGCUGGUCAUCGCGCAGCAGCUGGGCCAGGAGCGCUCGGCGGCGCUGCUGGGCCGCCUCAACGCUGCGGUGGCGCAGCACCUGGACCUAGUGGCCACGGACACGGAGCGCCUGCAGGACCAGCUGGCGUCUGCGGCGGGCCGUGACGCGGCGGCGGGCACUGGGGCUGCGGGAGCGGGCAUGGGCAACGGGCACGGGUUCGGGAUGGGGCUCGGGAUGGACGCCUCGGCGCCGCCACUGCUGCUGCUCGGCGCCGGUGGCACCGCGGCGGCGUCGCCGCUGACGCCCAUGAUGGGCGGCGGGGCCGGCGGCUCGCUGUUUGGGGCAGCGCUGGGUGGAGGUGGCGUGCGGCUGUUUGGCUAAGGGCGUGGCGAGGUGGCUAGCUAGGUCAGCGUUGUGACUACACGAGCGUUGGUCAGUAGGUAGGACGCUUGGUGGGGAGGAGGGCUGCUGACUUGUUGCUAACAGCGGCGGCAUUCGCACAGGGCGUUGUACGGUGGUUUCCGUAGUGACGAGCGCCCGCUGCCUCCAGCGCGGCAGAGCAACAGUUAGCAGCGUGCUGUGCGCGUGUCAAACUUCCCCCCAGGAAUGGGAGAGCAGGAGCGAUGGGCCGGUCUUGGCUAUACAGCAGCGGAGGUUGAAGUUUUCGCACAUGGGAUUUGUAAAGCAAUAGCCUG